AUGGCGUCAGCCCAAACCCAAACCCACCACAAGAUCGUGGCCCUCGAGACCAGCUUCGUGCCCCUGCCGCGCAAGUUCUCCAUGCCGGAGGGCCACACAUACGAGGUGGCGGAGUACGCGCGGACGUCGCCGUCAGAGGUUGCGGAGCGGCUCCAGGACGCUGACAUCGCGGUGAUGACGAUACUGCCGCUGUCGGCGGAGCACCUGAGCGCGGCGGUGGCGCCGAGGCUGAAGAUGGUGGCCGUGGUGGCCGUGGGCACCGACACGGUGGAUCUGGCGGCGUGCCGGGCGCGCGGCAUCCACGUCGCCAACUCCCCCGGGUGCAACGAGAACACGGUCGCCGAGCACGUCGUCGCGCUCUACUUUGCCACGCGGCGCUCCGUGCCGCUCGUCAGCGCCCUGACGAGGGCCGGGCGGUGGGGCGCCGGCCCGCUGUUUAGGACGCUCGACGGCCCCCACGGCAAGCCGCCCAUGCUGUGCCCCAGCGAGGUCAUGGGGAUCAUCGGCUACGGGGCCGUGGGGAGGCGGGUGGAGAGCAUCGCCAAGGCCCUGGGCAUGGCGGUGUUGAUUGCGGACCGGAAGGGCCAGAAGGAGGCCAGGGAGGGCAGGACCAGUUUCGAGACGGUGAUUAAGGGGUCGUCGGUGUUGGUGCUCUGCCUGCCCAGGUCGGCUGAGACGCUCAACACGAUAGCCGAGGGCGAGCUGGAGGACAUGCCCCGGUACUCGAUACUGAUCAACGUUUCCCGGGGCGGGAUCGUCGACGAACGGGCGCUUGUGGCGGCUUUGAAGGAGAAGAAGAUUGCGGGUGCAGCAACCGAUGUGUUUUCGACCGAGCCAGCCACGCCAGAGAACAGCCCGCUCUUUGCGCCCGGUACGGAGGAUCUGAACCUAGUAACCACACCACACGUUGCGUGGUGUGGCGAAGACACAAAUUACAACUACAACGAGACGCUGAAGAAGAAUAUCCGCACGUGGCUGGAAGGCCAACCUACAAAUACAGUGGUAUAG